AAAGAAAAAGAAACUGGAAGUACAAACCGAGACACCUAGUGGUUGAAAAGUAAACUUCAGGAGCCAACAUGGCGGCAUGUCGUCUGUGGUGUGCCGUGGAGAGCACAUCUCACCACUAAAGUAACUCUAAAAUUGCAAACUCCACCACCAAGAGGCACUCACAUGACAAAUCUGGUUUGAUCUACAUUCCAAAAAACGAAAAGAGAGACUGCGCCAUCUACGAAUUCGAAAGAAGCAACCGUCCAUCAGAAGACGUCAAUAAAAAAAAAGAAAAAGGAUACCAAGUGCUCCAAACACAGGAAGUCCCCUCCCCAGAGAAACAGUGCAAGCAAAGUCGAAUCAAGGGAAUCGCAAAAGUGAACGCCGUCAUCUUGUCCUCAGGAAGUUUCAAGCUAUCUUAGCAAAAUGGCAAGCUCAAAGUGGCAGACAAGCUCUGCAUCGGGAGAGGAGGAACCUGACCGUUCCUCUGCGUCCCAAGGUCAAAAUGGAAAAUCUAGCAACGCCUCACGGGAGGCCGGUAUUGUCGAGAAACUGCUGCAUUCAUACGGAUUCAUUCGGUGCUGUGAUCGGCAGGCAAGACUUUUUUUCCACUACAGCCAGUUUUCAGGCAACAUCGAACAUCUCAGACUAGGAGACCCAGUGGAGUUUGAGAUGACGUACGACCGCAAGUCGGGCAAGCCCAUUGCAAGCUGCGUGGUGAAGAUCUCGUCGGAAGCAAUGUCCGGCGAGGUGAUGAGCGAGGAGGUGGCGUCCGGCUUCAUCACCACCGAGGCCAAGGACGGCACUGAGGGACGCGUGGCUUACGAGCGCCGUGGCGAAUGCUUCUUCCUCCCCUACACCGAAUCCGACGUGGAAGAGGGGGCGACGCUGCACCAAGGCGACGAUGUGCGCUUUGUUCUCGCGACGUGCGAAGACACCGGUGCGCUGUGCGCCCGCAGGGUGCGCCCCGAACACCAGGCGCCGGUCGCCGCGGCAACAAGGGGCACGGACGACGUCUGCUCUUCCCCAGGGGGCGCUGGCAAGAAGGGGUCGUCGCAGCGCAAGCAGGGAGUGGUGUGCGCGCUCAAGGACACCUUCGGGUUCAUCGAGAGGGCCGACAUCGUCAAGGAGAUCUUCUUCCACUCGAGCGAGUGCCGGGACUUCCGUUCGCUGUCGCUGGGAGAGGACGUGGAGUUCUCGGUGCAGCUGCGCAACGGCAAGGAGGUGGCGUGCGGCAUCGUGCGCCUGCCCACGGGCACGGUGGUCUUCGAGGACACCGGCACGGAGCUGCUGGAAGGCACGGUGACCGCCCUCGCGGACCGGUCCAGGCAGGGCGGCGCCCAGGCCUCGGCCUCCUCGGACCCACUCCCGGGAAGGAUCGUCUACACCCUCGGAGACAGGGAGCUGGACAUCUCGUACGGAGAGCGUGACCCCAAAUGCGACUACUCCCUGCAAGUGGGGGACCGGGUGCAGUUCUGCAUCGCCACCGACCGGAGGGACGGCCUACAGCGCGCCACCAACAUAGAGCUGGUCGACCAGUCCUUUGCCAACGAGACGCGCCAGGUGGGCGUUGUUGCGACGGUGAAAGAGACCUUUGGCUUCAUCAGCUGCCCUGCUCGGGACAGCCAGAUCUACUUCAAGACUUGCGAACUUUUGGAUCCCGAAGUCCAGCUACACGCCAGCGAUGAGGUGGAAUUUACAGUGGCCCAAGACCCGUCUUCCCCAAGCCGCUUCCUGGCGACUCGCAUCCGGCGUCUGUCGUGCGACGGAGACAGCGACGGCGGCGGACAGCGCAUCCGUCGCUCGCUCUCCAACGGCGACGGCUCCUCAGCCCUGAACGGGUCAGAGGCGGACGGCAAAGGGUCGCGCAACGCACGGGGUGAGGCGGGCAAGGGUCGUGCCGGGGGCCGCAACGGCUUCCGCUACACGCACCGCGGCUACAUUGCCGCCCUCAAGGAAAGCUUCGGCUUCAUUGAGAACGAAGAGCACAACCAGGACGUCUUUUUCCACUUCAGCGUGUUUGAGGGCAACCCGACCCUGCUGGAGCCCGGCCAGGAGGUUGAGUACGCCCUGAGCCACAAGGGGCCCAAGCGCAGCGCCGAGUGCGUGCGCAAGCUGGCCUCGGGCACCCUGGGCGGCCAGGACACGGUGCGGCCGGAGCUGCUGAGCGGCACGGUGGAGCGCCCCGUGCGCUGCUUCAACCCAGACCAGGAGCAAUACGCAGGCGUGGUGCGCCUGGCCACCACCGACGAAGGGGAGACCGCCCCAACCUACGAGUUCGGCAUCACGAGCCUGGCGGACAAGCACGACCUGCUACAGAAGGGGGACGUGGUCCAGUUCCAGGUGGCCGUCACCGGGGCCGGCGUAGAGCGAGCCGUCAACAUCUCGGCCGUGCGCGCUCGCGUCCAGGCCACCGUGGAGGCCAUCAAGGGCCAGUUUGGGUUCCUGUCGCACGAGGCCGAGGAGGGCAAGAAGCUGUUCUUCCACAUGUCCGAGGUGAAGGGUGGCAACUCAGCCCACCUCCAGGUCGGGGACCGUGUGGAGUUUGUGGUGGUGCACCACCAGCGCACCAAGAAGUAUGCCGCCUGCAGCGUCGUCAAAGUGGGGGAGUCGCAGCCAAGCCAACGUCCCGAGCGUCUCGUGAGCCGGCUGCGGACGCUGUCAACCGAAGACUCCGGUCCGCGCAUCAUCGUCGUCCGGCAACCCCGGGGCCCCGACGGCACCAACGGCUUUGCGAGCCGCAACGGGGCAGCAGCCAAUCCGGCCGAAGCCAACCCCAACAUGCUCGAGGAGGGGGAGGAAGAAGAAGAGGAUGAGGGGGAGAAGGGCUGUGGGGAAGGGGAGGAAGAGGGCGAGGGUGUGAUGGAAGCCCAGGAAGCUGCAUCGAACUGCCCGGCGGCUGCUGCCGCGGUCGAAACGGAGGCUUAGAAAAAAAAAAACGAAGUUUCUCCCGGUUUUUUUUUUUCUUUCCUUGAUAAAACGAAACGAAUGGGAAUAAGGGAAGGGGUUAAAAGCAACUGGUUCAACGUUGGGAAGUGCGGCGGGCGUUUCUUUUCUCGCCCGUGCGUGCCAGCCGUGCCGCGUUUACCUCGUGUAAAUUUUUUUUUUUUUUUUUUUGUCCUAAAUGAAAAGGAUGUAGGAGAAGGGUGAUGAUGAUGGUGGUGAAGAAGAAGAGUGAGAAAGCUAUAAAGUGAUAAAAAUGCAAAAAAAAAGAUUUGACAGGCCCGCUGGUUUUUUCGUUCUCUUUGUUUCGAGGAUUUGUCACGUGUUCAAUGAUGUGUUCUUGUUCUUGUUUUUUUAUCAGCGUUUUCAACUGACAGGAAUUAAGAGUGGUUGUUAACGCCACACAAAUAUUUUUUUUCACCGGUUUUGUUGGCAUCAAAAAGAGAAGCAAGAAAUUGGCAAGAAAUCUUGUCGAUCGCAGUUAAUCUGGGCUUCAUCUGAUUUUUUUCGGCUGCUUCGGUUUAGCCUCGUUGGGAGAACCGGGGACCGCAUAGGCCAAGCCGUUUACGAGCGGACUUAAAGAAUACUCUGUGAUUAGAGGACAGGAAGUACUGAGUAACAGUAUUAAUUUUUCUGCACAGAUGUCGAUGCUUUAAAAAGAAAAAGAAAAUUGAUGUUAUUCGUUUGUCUUGCAUCAGCUCUCCAAACCAAAAUGGCAGCCUACUGAUAUCUGCCUGCAUUAACGGGGGAGGUUUCAAAGUCUGGGAAACCGUCGCACUUGUUUCCCGCACCUUGGAUCAAAAAUGUCUUUUCUCAGCUUUACACAAAUGACGGCUGCCUUUUUGCAGCCUGCGUCUAACUUUUUCAGUCUCCCAUAGUUCCAUAGAGUUUUGUGGACUAGCGGCUCUUUCGGAAAACGGGGGUUUGAUUUCGAGGUGGCCAUUAGAGGAACUGCGAAAAGACCUGCGCACAUUUCGGGGGCUUUCGUAACCUAAAUGGGGCCACUAAUGUGAGAGGUUCAUUUGACACGGUUUGAAAAGGGGUUAGAUGGAGUAGUUUUAUAAACAAUAAAAUGUGGAGGAAAAGAACUUAAUUGGAGUUCACUAAAAUUCUGCAUUUUUUUUAUUUGGAUCUUGGUGGAAUUUGUUCAUACAUGGUCUUAACAGUUUCGUAAGGGAAAUCUUUUUUUUGUGUGUGUGUGUGCUUGUUACGUUGUGUUAGAUGGCAUGCUACAAAUUUGUGGACAUUUCUUCCCAAUGGUGGGGUAUUGUUUUUUUUUUUUAGCCUUAGAAUGAAUAACAGUACUAGUUGUUAAGUAUCCUAAUGCCCUAGAGUUUUCUGUGUGAUUUGUUCGAGGAAAGAGAAAAAAAAAAGUCUGCCUUUGAGAUUAACUAUUGCCGCCUAUGUUCCAUGGACAGAGUUAAAUUUGCCCCUUUUGGGACCUGCACGCCACUUGGGUCGUUUUGAUUACGGGACGGUGUGCGUGAUAGGACAUAAAUGGCACUAGUUGGUUCAAAACGUCGUGCAGGCCAUAGAACUUGUCACAUUUUUCGUUUUGUCGAUUGCGGGCAAGAUAAUCUUCCUGGUGCGACACAAUCAAAUCGCCCAAUGGAUGCGUGUUGCCAGUAUGACCACUCUUCUGUUUGUCGGCAUGCAUGUGUGUGUACGUGUGAAUGUGUAAUGCAGAUACAAAAAUAUACAAAAAAAUGCUUGUAUGUAUUGCCCUUCUGUGGAGGUUUUGCAUGUUAUCGCCUUUAAUUAACCCAGACAAUUCUUUGUUCCUUUUAUAUAUUUUUUUUUGUCUCGCAAGAGAGAAGUACAGUGAGUGGGUCGCUUAAGUGUGUAGCAGACGGCACUUGUAUGAGGUUAUAUUGUCUACAUUUCUUGGAAGCUGCUCAAGUCUUCUGGUACGAUGAUGCAGCAAUUUCUUUUUUGUCCUGUUUUUGUUUUUUUCUAAAGUUCGCUGUGUUUUUUUGUUUUUUUUUGGAUGUCGAGGUAAUACACUUGAGACCCUGCCGCAAUCUAGAAGUUGUAAGGGAUGUGAUGCGCAAAUUCCAUCACGUGGAGUAUGGCAGAUGCGCUGCGUUCGUUCCCCAACUUUGAAAUGUGUCUUGUACGAUUUUUUUGAGUACUGCGCAACGAGCGAAGCAUUUGCUGCUGUCGCGGAAGUGAUGGAACGCUGCCAGAGCACUACUACUCUAGGGUUCUGGCUCGUUUUCAAGAGUGAUCGAGCGGACCUGACCGCGGAGGCGCUUGAAAAUAAAGGUGAAACUGAAUUACGGUGACAAAGCUCCGAUGUCUCGUAUCAAAAACCUACUCGCUGGAUCGCCAUUGGCGGGAUCAUUUUUGGUACUUCGAGAUUGUAUUUCAUAAGUUGAUGUUUACCAAGGAGGUUUUUUUCGUUUUUUUUUUAAUUACCUGGCAUGUUGGUCAAAAGCACAAAGCGGAUGCUGCAGAUUCCAGUUGGGAUCGUGCAAGGAUGGACCUCUUUGUAACGGAAGAAAAUUAAAAAAGUUUCUAGCCAUGCAACGAAAA